AUGGCGACGUUCGCCAAGCCGGAGAAUGCGCUGAAGCGCGCCGAAGAGCUAAUGAAUGUGGGGCAGAAGGCCGCAGCCCUGCAAUCCCUGCACGACCUGAUCACGUCGAAGCGGUACCGCACAUGGCAGAAGCCGUUGGAGCGCAUCAUGCUCAAGUACGUGGAGCUGUGCGUCGACAUGCGCAAGGGGCGCUUUGCCAAGGACGGCCUCAUCCAGUACCGCAUCGCCUGCCAGCAGGUGAACGUGCAAUCGCUCGAGGAGGUGGUGAAGUAUUUCCUCAAGCUCGCCACGGAGAAGGCGGAGCAGGCGCAGGCGCAGGUGGAAGCCGCCGCGGCGGAAGCCGCGUUGGGGGAGGUGGCGGACCUGGAGGCGGAGAAGAGCCCGGAGGACCUGAUGCUGGGGUUCGUGAGCGGCGAGAAGGGCAAGGAGCGCACGGACAGCGAGCUCGUCACGCCCUGGUUCAAGUUCCUCUGGGAGGCCUACCGCACCGUGCUGGACGUGCUGAGGAAUAACUGCAAGAUGGAGGCUCUCUAUGCGAUGACCGCCCACCGCGCAUUCGGCUUCUGCCAGCAGUACAAGCGCACAAACGAGUUCCGCCGCCUCUGCGAGAUCCUCCGCAACCACCUCGUCAACCUCAACAAGUACCGCGACCAGCGCGACCGCCCGGACCUCGCCCUCCCAGAAACCCUCCAGCUGUACCUCGACACGCGUUUCGAGCAGCUCAAGGUCGCCACGGAGCUGGGCCUCUGGCAGGAGGCGUUUCGCUCGGUGGAGGAUAUUCACGGGCUGAUGCUGCUGUCGAAAAAGGCGCCGAAACCGCAGCUCAUGGCGGUUUAUUACGCGCGCUUGACGCGGAUCUUCGCCAUGGCGGCCGGGGAGGGGGAUUCUGAGGGGACGGGGGGGAGUAGCAGCGGGGGGGCCGCGAGCGGGAGCGCGCGGCUGUAUCACGCGUACGCGUGGUAUAAGCUGUACCUGCUGCAGCGAAGCUAUAAUAAGAAUCUCAAGGAUAAGGACCUGCAGCUGCUGGCGUCCGCGGUCGUGCUGUCCGCGCUCGCGGUGCCCCCGUACGAGCGGUUCGCGGGGGGCGCGGGCGCGGGGGGACGGGGGGGCGCGGAGGGGGAGCUGGCGCGGGAGAAGGCUGUGCGGAUGGCGAACCUGCUGGGGGUGGUUGUGGAUCCGAAGAAGGACCCGCGGCAGAUGCUCUCUCGCUCAGCUCUUCUGCAGGAGAUUACGGCCAAGGGCGUUCUCGCCUUCGUGCUCCCUCAAGUGCGCGAGCUGCACCAUCUGGUGGAGGUCGACUUCCUCCCACUCGACCUCGCUGCGCGCGUGCACCCGCUGCUGCAGCGCCUGCCGGAGCUCAGCGACGUGAAGCUGUCGGCUGCGAGCCCUGUGCCCAAGGUGGAACUGCAGGCAUACACACCCGCCCUGCAGCGACUGGCGACUCUUCGUGUGGUGCAGCAGGCAUCUCAAGUGUACGACGUGAUGACCAUCACCAGUCUCUGCCGCAUGGUGCCAUUCGGCGACCUCGUCUUUGUGGAGCGCGUGCUGGCAGAGGCUGUGGCUGAGGGCUUUGUGCACGUGCGCCUGGACUUCUGUGAAGGCACUGUCAAGUUCGGCGCGGAUGAGCUCGAGUCGGAUCGCAUUCGCAACCACCUCGCCACCAUGGCCCGCCAUCUCCACCGCGCCGUGGCGCUCAUCCGCCUCAAGGCGCCCGCACCUGUUGAAGAAGCUGCGGAGCAGCUUCCCCCUGCGGAGGAGAUCCAGGCGGCAGUGGAGAAGGAGCACCGGCGGCUGAUUGCGCGCAAGACGCUCAUUGAAAGGCGCAAGGAGGAGGCUGAGCGGGAGGUCAUUGAGAAGGAGCGCGAGGAGCAGACAGCGAAGCUGAAGCAGCAGCGGCUGACAGAGGAGGCGGAGGCGAAGAGGCUGGCAGCGGAGUCCGCUCGGAGGGAGGAGGAGCGCAUUCGUAGGGAGAUUGAGGCGAAGGAGCUGGAAGAGGCGAGGCAGCUGCUGUUGGAGGCGGAGAAGCGCAAGGGCAAGAAGGGCAAGAAGAACCUCGAGGACACGAUGCGGCUGGACAAGAGGCAGCUGAUGGAGGAGGCGCUCUCAGAGCAGCUCAAGGAGAAGCAGGAGGCGGAGAGGCGCCUGCAGAAGCUGGUGCGCACAUUGGAUCACCUGGAGCGGGCACGCAGGGAGGAGGAGAAGCCGCUGCUUGAAUCAGCGUACCAGCAGAGGCUGGUGGAGGAGCGGGCGUGGUUCGAGCAGCAGCAGGCAGAGGCAGCGGCGCAGAGCAAGACGCAGCACGAGCAGGACCUGGCUGAGAAGAUCCGGCUGUCCCGCAUGCUGGGAGAUAAGGAGGAGUUCCAGGAGCAAGUUGUCGGGCGGCGGCGCGGGGAAUUCGAGCGGCUGAAGAGGGAGAGGGAGGAGAAGCUGGCGGAGCUGAGGGAGCUGCGGCGCACGGAGAGGGUGAUGCUGCGCAAGAGGGAGAUGUUCCGCCGUCAGGAGGAGGCCAAGGCGCUCAAGGCCUGGGAGGAGACGGAGAGGCGCAAGCGCGAAGAGCUGGAGCGCAAGCGCAAGGAGGAGGAGGAGCGGCUGAAGAAGCUGGAGGAGAUGGCAGCGAAGCAGCGCCAGAGGGAGCAGGAGGCGGAGGAGAAGGCCCGCAAGGAGCGGGAGGACCUUCUUGCUGCUGCUGCCGAGCGCAAAACCUCCGCCUUUGUCCCGCCGGCCCUCCGCGCCCGCGGCGGAGGCUCGGCAGCCGGCGAGGCUCCGCCUUCCGGACGUGUUGGUGCGGAGGAGGAUCGGUGGUCCAGGGACAGGGCUCCUGCUGCUGCUGCUGCUGCCUCUGCUACUGGGGCGCCUGGGAAAUACGUUCCGCCUGUUAGGGGUAGUGCUGGUGGUGCAGGGGCAGGAGGGGCUGGAGACAGGUGGGGGGGAGAUCGUGGGCGGGAGGUUGAAGACAGGAGGCCAGCAGGAAGGUACGAGCCUCCUUCUCGUAGCGCUGCUGCUUCUGGUAGUGUCGGUGAGAGGGAGCGGGAGAGGCCUAGUGCUCCUGCAGCAGCAGCGGCGGCACCACCGGCGGCAGCGCCAGCAGAAGCAGUGCCAGCGGCGAAGAAGUGGGUUCCGCCGCACCUCAGGAACCGCGGGUAA